AUGGGCUGUCAUGUUCAGUGGCAUGUACAGGAGGGAACUACUUUAACUACGAGCUUCACCAAAGUCGCGUCCAUCUCGGGCCCCACUGAGGAGAUUAUUCAUGGGGAGCAACUAAUAAAAUCAAUAUUGUGUCGGGCCUCCGGAAUCGCCACAUUCGCGGCUAAACUAAAAAAACUGCUCAAGGAUUUCUCGUGGAAGGGUGAACUUGUCUCGCCCCCAAACCCAACACCUGGAUUUGCGUUGGUUGAAGAAUAUGCCAUGCUCGUCGCAGGCGUUCCUACUCCAAGAAGCAGUUCUUCCGUGCUUCUUCAGUGCUCGCAGCUAAAAACACCUGCAGACCUUAAAGAAGCAAUAAAUAAUUUAAAAAUCAAGGCAGGAAAAGGUACUCAGGUUAAAGUGGAAUGCGCGUCACUAAGUGAAGCGAAAAGUGCCGUGGAGGCUGGGGCCAAUGUAAUACGCUUUGACGGACUAAAUGCAAAGGACUUGAGUAACUUCUGCGCACAAAUCAAGUCACUGGCACCUGGCGUGCUCAUCGAAGCGUUAGCAAAUUUUGAUGAAACAACACUACGCCCGUUCGCCCUGCAAAACGUGGAUUCACUGACCACCCGAAAACUUUGCAACGGUUAUCCACUUUUGGACUUUAAACUCACCUACACAGCCUUUGAUGGGCCAGAUUCCACUGUGGUCACUUCUAGCCUUAAACGCGCUGCUCCAGCCUCCGAAGCUAACGAGCUAUCCGCAGACACUGACACAAUCAAAGAGAACAAUGGACAUGAUGUGGAGGCGGCAAAGCGAGCACGAAAUCAGGAGAACACCAACGAUACCUCUGUUAAGGUUAAUGACGAGACAAAAGUAGGCACGAUCGCCGCCUCGCCAACAGCGACCCCUGAAUCGGCAAACAAACAGAAAGCGGAGACAGGCGUUAAACUCACUACACCGUCGCCAACUACAAACCGGGUCGAUAAUACAGGCAGCUCUGGAAAGAGCGGACAAGCCAGUGGGAAUCGCUACAAUCCCAGGAAUCGAGGAUACAGAAGCCAACAACAGCAACACAAUCGAAACCAACCGAUGCAA